AUGAGUUAGGAACUAUCCAAACACACUCUUAGCUGCAUAACAGUUGAUGCAGGUCGGUAAUGGCAGGACAAUUCUAUUGGACAUCAGAACAGAUGAAAAUCAUGAAAGAUUUUGUGUCAUGAUAUCUCUUAACGAAAACACAGCAUAUCGCGAUUCGAGGAAGAGGUAGACGCCCUAGGGUUUUGGCUAUCACGGGGUUUUUUUUUAUGAGAUGAAGCUUAAACAGAUCGAAAGUCUUCUGGGAAGGAUUCAGCAGUUCUCCAAUCCGAAGUUAGACCUGGAACAGUAUCCUACAGGGCCACACAUCGCUUCAAGAAUGCUUUAUACGGCUGAAAAUACUUUUGGGGAUGUGAAUGGCAAGGUAGUAGCAGAUUUUGGUUGUGGCUGUGGAACAUUAGGCAUAGCCAGUGCUUUUUUGGGUGCAGACUAUGUUAUUGGUAUCGAUGUUGAUUUACAAUCUCUUGAAACGGCUUCACAAAAUGCUGAAAAUCUUGAGGUGGAUGUAGAUCUAAUUCAAUGCGAUGUCAAAAACUUGUCCUGGAGAGGUGAGCUGCUCCAUGGAUCGUUUCUAUUUCUAAUUCUCAUGCUUCCUUUUAUGAUGAAGGAAUCCCUAGACAAUGCCACUCAUCCAAGUGGUUGUUGACGGCCCCGGUGAAUUAUUGGUCCAACGGUGGUUCCGGCGGUCUUGGAGGGGUCGGGCCAAGCUUAGUAGGGCAAGAAAGAGAAAAUGAGAAUUCUUCUAUCUAUUCUUUGCCCUAACUGAAAUCUUUGGGGAUGAUUCCGGUUCCACAUGUCUUGGGAACUUUUAAACUAUGCCUAAUGUCUGCAAUGCUUUUGAUUUUUCUACAUACAACUCUACCAUUUGAGGCUCAAAUUUUGCACUUUUUUUUCAAAUGUAACUGGGGUCAAUCAUCUGGCCUUAAUUUUUGUUUUCUUUUUCUGUUCCUCUUAAUUAAUGAAUUGACUUUCUUCUAUUCCUUUUAGUUAUUCUAAUUGUACAAACCAAUGAGAG